GCAAAUGUCAGUUGGUCUUCAAGUACACAGUGUCUAUAUUUGAUCAACCCUAUAAGUAAUAAGUAAUUGUUUACACUCGAACUCCACAAACUGAAAAUGCACUUCAAACCGGUAAACCAAGUCUUAAAUAUAGCCAGAAUAUUGGCAAUCAAGACCAUUUUAGAAUACCUUGACAUUGUGCUAUGGUACAUUGAUGUUGAAUUAUGAGGGGAGAAAUAGUCGUGGAGAAAUAACAAAAACAAUUUGGCCACAUAUACCACAAAUAUUAAGGAAAAUUUGAAAAUAAUAAUCCUAACUAUUGCCGGUUUGCCGAUAAUAAUCCUAACUAUUGAUUAUUUUUGUAUAAUCCCAACUAUAUGGACCGUCCGCCAAUAAUGGUCCAUGACCAAAUAUUACCUCUUAUAAAAAGUGAAUUUUAAAUAGAAAUUAAGCGUAAAAAUUAAAAGUUGGGAUUAUUUAUAGAGAUUACUUGUUAUAUCUCUUCUCAUCCACUUUAGAAACUACAACAAUUUAUUUGUAGGGACCAUUAUUGGCAGAAGGUCCCUAAAGUUGGGAUUAUUCUGAAAUAAUUGAUAGUUGAGAUUAUUAUAGGCGGACCACCAAUAGUUGAGAUUAUUACUAUCAAUUUUUCCAAUUUUAAAUUAUUAUCUAAGAAUGAUAUGCAUAGAUAAUCAUGAGUCCAUGACUAAUGCAAGGGAGCAGUCCUAAACACAAGUAGUGAGAGCCAGCUCCACGGUUGCCGCGGCUGUGAAGCAUGAGACCACCAAGAGGGCGUGGCGGCGGAGGGUUCAGGGGAGGCAGAGACGGCGGAGGAUUUAGGGGAGGCCAAGACGGCGGCCGCUUUGGCAGAGGAGGAGGUCGUGGCUUCGGCGGUCGCGGUUCUUUUCGAGAUGAAGGCCCGCCUUCAGAAGUCGUAGAGGUUUCUACAUUUCUGCACGCUUGCGAAGGAGAUGCAGUGACGAAGCUUACUAAUGAGAAGAUUCCGUAUUUCAACGCUCCUAUUUACCUGCAAAAUAAAGCACAGAUUGGUAAAGUUGAUGAGAUUUUCGGCCCAAUCAAUGAGUCGUUGUUCUCCAUCAAAAUGAUGGAAGGAAUGAUUGCAUCAUCAUAUUCUUCAGGUGAUAAGUUCUACAUCGACCCGUCUAAGCUAUUGCCCCUAGCCAAGUUCCUUCCAUUACCCAAGGGACAUCCACAAGCUGUCCAUGACUAAUGCAACUAAACAACUUCAAAGCUGGUUAAAAUAUUUCUAUAGCAGAGCUUCGUGUCUCCUAUAUUUCCAUAACCAGUAGGCACUUUGAGUGAGGAGGAAAUAAAUUGGUUACCUUCAGAAAUAUCAGUGCUUUAAUAGAUUGUGUAGGAUGUGAGAACUGCCACCUCUGGAGGUAGCUUCAAGUUUUAGGCCUUGGAACUGCCUUAAAUAUCCUCUUCUCCGUGGAUGGUCAGAAGCACCCAAUGCCACCGCUGCAGACUGCAGUUGCAGGGAAACGAUGUCAUUGCUCUGAUGAACCUGCUUAAUCGUUUAUCAGAAUCACUCAAUCUUGUCCGCGAAAUGAGUCCAAACAUUGAUUUUUUUUUUGACAAGAAACACCAGCAUCCCUACACCAGCGUACCACAUGAAAACAUGCUACCAAAUUUAAAUUUAGCUAUUCUUACAACAAUAAUUCUAAAGAGACCAAGUAAGCUCGCUUUAAUGUUCUCAUACUAACAAAUGAGAAAAUAAAGUCACGGAGUACUUGUGAGUAUCAUGUGAAUUUAAUAAGAACCACAACUACGUGAUUUUAUUUCAACAUUCCGUAAUGUGAGGACAUUAGUGUGUCCCAUUAUACACCCAUAGGGUCUCAUUCUUACAAUCAGAUUGACCAAAAUUUAUCUUCUGUAUUUGAUGGGGAACAAUGCUGUACUUUGUAUGUAACCACACAAAUAGUAUCUCACAUAGCUGUAACUGCAACUUCGUUAAAGAAUCGGGUUAAAAAGAAAAAAAGAUUCUAUGCAAGAAGCUCAUCACAGGGCAGCUGGUUGUAGAUGCCCCCUCUCUACAGUCGAAAUGGGCAUCACAAGUAAUUCACCUAAUCAUCUCGUGGUCAUACAAAGCCCAUCCAGUCAAACAGGUCAAUCCUGGUUUUGAUGGUAUAUAACAGAGAAGUCCAGGAUCUACAGAAAGUAGUCAGGUGGGGGCUUCUUUG